UCGAAGCGGGCAUAGAUACGGUCGGCAAAAAAGCUUCUUUAAGUAAGUUUGGAUAAGGGCAGCGUCAGAAGCGUAUUCAGCGAGCAUUUUGACCAGUAUGAGUGUGGAGGCGUUGUCGAACGAGGUUGAGAAGCUUGGCCUGAACACUGAAGGCACAAACGGUGUCUUGUCGAACGAGAAACAAUUCCCGCUCGUUGCGCUCCCGACCCUAGUGGCAUACCUUCCACACGCUGAUCGAGUGUCCCUGCUCCAAUGCUGCAAAGCUUGGUCACGUCCAGUGGCGGAAGCUAUGUACGGAGCGCCGCUCCUGCAGUCUUUCGAUUCCUUCGAGCGCCUCAUGACGCUCCUGAAUACCCCAUUGCCCGCUCAUCCUUACCCUGAACUCAUCCGAGAACUCGACAUUGGAAGUUCGGCCGCCGACAAUCUUUACAUGGGUGAUUUGGAUGCGACUCUGGGGUCUUGCCCAAAUCUGGAGGUGUUCAGACUGGAGAACUGCUUCCAUAUCUCCAACAUCUUGGUCCGAUCGCUUGCGGCCCACUGUCCGAAUUUGAAACAGGUCGAUCUUCCAGGAUGCCCAAUCUCCGACUCCUUCAUUCCCACUUUGAGCAAAAGCUGUCGCCAAAUCGAACGCCUAGACUUGAGCUUCACAAAUCUCACGAUAGCCUCCCUUCAUGCCAUCAUAAUCAAUUGCGAAAAUCUGAUACAGCUCGAUCUGUCGGAAUGCCGUCCGCUGGAGGAAGACGUGAACCUGGAUUUCUCGUCAAAGCCCUUCAGCAGACCCCUCCAGCUCCUGAAUCUUCGCAACACACCCGUGACCGACGAUCUGUUGAGGUUUACCGCCACGCACUGUCCGGAGCUCGAGGAUAUUAUCUUGGAGUCCUGCAUGGAGUUGACGGACGAUGCCCUCAUCAAAGUCGCCAGCAGCUGCCAGAAACUGCGACGAUUGGAUGUCUCCUUCUGUGAUAACAUCACGGACUUGUCGCUUCAAGCGCUCGCCAUGCGCGCCGCCUACACGAAAAAGGGCACGUUGGAAGAGCUAUACCUGGCGGCAUGUGACAACAUCACCCCGCCUGCCUUGCAUCACCUGGCCCAGCAGUGCGCGAAACUUCACACGUUGGUGUUGGACGGAUGCGAGCGGUUGAUGGGCACCUACGUCCAAUCCUUCGCCACGCAACCCGCCGACGACCUAGAAUGCAUGCUAGAAGGCGACGCGAUCCGCAGAUUCGCCGCCCACGUCCCCGGAACCAACCCCGUCACCCCACCCGCGUCCCCUAGCCGUGCAAACACCACACCCGGCAUGACCUAUAAAGUCCAGGUCAGCUACGCCACAAAGUUCGGCGAGUCCGGGGAAAGCGGCAACGGUUGGGCUUCGACACGUAACACCCAGGGAACCCCCGAUCGCGACCCUGCCGCUCUGGCCGCCGCUGCGUUGGAAGCUGCGCGUUUGCAAGGCCCCGCAGCGAAUUACACGUCGCCGCCGGUGGGCAACGUCGUGUCGACGCCGUACAGGAGCCUGUCGCGCAAGACGUCCAGGAGCAAUCUGCGCAGGUUGUCGAGCAUGAGCUUGGCGGAGGCGUAUGCGGAAGCGGAGGCUGUGAAGCAGGAGCGGCAGGAGAAGAUCAGGGAGAAGAGGAGGUCGAGGUCGUAUGGAUAUUCGUCGUUUUCUAUGGGAGAUUACGACGCGAAUUCGGGGGAAAGUCAAGCGACUAUGGUCAGUUCGCCUACACAGGAGCAAGCGCCCUCUUUCCCUGUUAUGGCCCAGCCUGCUGUGACACCGUCGAAGGAACCUGCGGCGGUGCCAUUUUCGUCUGGCCGUCGUCGCGGCAGCUCUGUGGUGAAAUCCGACGCACCCAACUGGCGCAAUGCGGUCGAGACGGGACCUACGCCGCCUAUUUCGCCCCCGAGUCAAGCGGAUAGUGCCCGCAGACCGGCGGGACCCGUGCGUGCAGAGACUGCUCCGGCGAGCCCCGCAGCGGCGUCCGACGUGCAACCUGUCCUUCUCGCUUCGGGCCGUGCUGCUCGUCGUGCAGCCGAAGCUGCGGCGCCGGCGCAGACUUCGACUCUCACGAAGGAAGGUGACGCACCGGUGCUUCUUGCUUCCGGCCGUCGUCGUUCUCGCGCUCCGUUGACGCAGACCACUUUCAAUGGCGAUGAGAAACCUGCUGCUACCACAGCCUACACGCCCGAACCCGCAACUCCCGCGCAAGCUCCAGCUCCCCAAUGGGGCGUCAACCCCCAAGCAUGGGUCAACCCCGCGCACCAGGUCUCCGCAAGCUCAGCCUUCUCCCAUAAAAACGACUCGAUCAGCACAUCCAACGGCUUCGUCGACCCCUGGGCCCAACCGCCCUCCCAACCCCUCUCUCAACCCGCAGCCCCCUUAACCGCCGACCCCUGGGCCGCGCCACCCACCUCCGUCCAAAAACGCAUGUCCCAAUCCGGUGCCCCCGAUCAAUGGGCCUCACCCACCCGUGGCCAACCCACCCCUGCCCCCGCCAGCCCCAGCAUCCGACUCGCGGCUGCUACGGGAUGGGGCGCGCUUCCGAAGCCUCCACCGGCUUCAGGCGCCAAUGUCUGGAGUCCACCCACCAAUUCGCAGUUUGCGUCUCCAUCCUCUUUCCAACAACAACAACAACAACAAACCAGGGAGAAUGGAUACUUCAACCCCCCGCAACCCACCCCGACCCCAGCGUCCUACUUCAGCAACCCGCACGGGCCUUACCCCAUGCAACAAGACCCUUACAACGCCGCCCCUUCCCAACAAGUCCAACGCACCCCGUCCAUCACCCGCCCCCAUCAACAACAACCCCAACAACUCGCCCCCCACACAUUCACCUACUCCCACCCAACCCCAACCCGCGGCCGUCUCCUCCUCAAACUAAAAAUCGAAACCCAAACAGGCGGCCACCAACAACUCGCCGUCCACGAGUUCGACGACCCCAACCAACUGGCGACCGAGUUUUGCGCAUGUUGGGAUAUGAUGGGCUUCCGUGAACCGCUUGUACGGCUGAUCAGUGUGCGCAAGGGGAAUGCGGGGAGGCAGAGGUUGAUGAUGCAGCAGCAGCAGCAGCAGCAACAACAACAACAGGGGCAUGGGAGGGGGCGGUGAACUGGGCGUUUUUGAUUGUGGGAUUGGGAUCUUUUCUUUAUCUAUUGGACUUUGUAUCGGCAAAUCAUUUUCGGCACGGCGUACCAACAAUCCUCCUAAUGAACUCCCCCAUUCGUCAUAAGACGCUUCGAAUAGCAC